UGGCCAAAAAUCGCGCAGCCUCUGACCCGCGCGGCAUCCCGUCUCCCUCGUCUUCGCCAUGGGAGGGCAAAAGAACGCCGCCUCCUCCUCCCGCCGGUCGUUCUGCUCGGGGUUCUGGUCCUCCGCUCUCCGGAGGAAAACCCUAGCAUCCCAGUCCGACGCCGCCGCCGUCCACGGCGAGGUCCUCGUCCGUGGCCUCGGUCUCUUCGAGCUCAUCCUCCUCGGGAUCGGCGCCUCCGUCGGCGCCGGUAUCUUCGUCAUCACCGGCACGGUCGCUCACGAUGCCGGGCCGGGUGUUACAAUUAGUUUUGUUCUUGCUGGAGCUGCAUGUGUACUCAAUGCCCUGUGCUAUGCGGAGCUAUCAUCACGAUUUCCUGCUGUGGUUGGUGGAGCAUACAUGUACACAUAUGCUGCAUUUAAUGAGCUCACAGCCUUUCUUGUUUUCACACAACUAAUGCUGGACUACCACAUUGGUGCGGCGAGCAUCGCCCGCAGCUUAGCGAGCUAUGUCAUAUCCUUUUUGGAAAUAUUUUCUGUCUUGAAGGGGCAUAUCCCUAGCUGGAUUGGAGGUGGCAAAGAGCUUUUUGGAGGAGUUGUCUCUAUUAACAUAUUGGCUCCAAUUCUUCUCAUUAUCUUAACAAUGAUUCUUUGCUUUGGUGUUAGAGAAUCAUCAGUAGUGAACUCUGUUAUGACAGUAACAAAGGUUCUUAUUGUCAUAGUUGUCAUUUUUGCUGGCUCAUUUGAGAUAGACGUAUCUAACUGGUCACCAUUUGCUCCAAAUGGUAUUAAAGCUAUUGUCACUGGAGCGACUGUAGUAUUUUUUGCAUAUGUUGGAUUUGAUGCAAUUGCUAAUUCUGCUGAGGAAUCUAAAAGACCACAGAGAGACUUGCCCAUUGGCAUUCUGGGGAGCCUUCUUGUAUGUAUAAUACUUUAUGUUGCUGUCUGCUUGGUAAUAACUGGAAUGGUGCCAUACAAGUUUCUUGCUGAAGAUGCUCCUCUUGCUCAAGCUUUUACUGCUAAGGGUCUGAAAUUUGUUUCAAUUUUAAUUAGCGUAGGCGCUAUUGCUGGCCUUACUACUACCCUUCUUGUCGGUUUGUAUGUUCAGUCCCGCUUGUACCUUGGGCUUGGAAGGGAUGGCUUAUUACCUUCAGUUUUUGCUAAGGUGCAUCCAACACGGCAUACUCCUAUCCACUCUCAGGUUUGGGUUGGUUGUGUUGCUGGUAUCAUGGCAGGUCUCUUUAAUGUGCAUGAACUCUCACACAUUCUUUCAGUCGGUACACUGACUGGCUAUUCUGUUGUUUCAGCCUGUGUGAUAACCCUCCGUUGGAAGGAUAAAGUGGGAAGCCAAGGUUCUAGAAUGUGCAUUUCUAGCUGGCAUGAAGGAAUUAUCAGUCUUGUUGUAGUUGCCUGCUGUGGUUUUGGAGCUGGGAUCUGCUACCGCUUUGGUGGCUCAUUUAUCUUUUUGGUAGUUGCUAUAGUGAUAGCAAUUCUCGCUGCAGCUGCGCUUCAUUUUCGACAAGCUUAUUCAGAUCCACCUGGCUUCUCAUGUCCAGGGGUUCCUGUCGUCCCAAUUGCUUCCAUUUUUUUCAAUAUCUUCUUGUUUGCUCAGCUCCAUGAAGAAGCAUGGCUUAGAUUUAUCAUCGUCAGCUUCAUCUCAGUUGGAAUUUAUGCCAUUUAUGGUCAAUAUAAUGCAAAUGUGGCAUCAACUUUGUCUUCUUCUUUGAUAGGGGCUCGUUUCCAGUUCUGUUAGAUCAUGCAGUAUCUGAUCUACAUGAACAAGCUGGUUUUAUUGAUUUGUAGUCAUGAGUUAUGGAGUAUGUGGCGUACUGCUGACAUGUUUCCCAUGAUCUUUUGUCGCAGCAUUUCUUGAAAAUUUCAAUCGAUGGAUCUUCAAGUAUCGUUACAUGACUCGCGGUUCUACCGAUCCAAAUCCAAUUUUGCUUGGAAUUUUGCUUCUACCUGAUGCACCUCCAGGUUCCCUUGUUCUUGCGCCAUUCCCUCGUAUGGUUAAAAUUUUGCUUUUGUUUGGAUGUUCCCUGUUUCUUGAAGUUUUUUUAGCACCCUUGGAUUUUGCUUAGGGAUGAGGUGGCAUGAAUCUAGGUGUCUAAUGGAAUCUCCAUUACAUUUUUUUG